AUUCUCUUCUUCCUAUUAGCAGUCUUUGAAAAGCUGCAUUUCCAAAAAAGCCACGCAUCUUCUAUUUUCUCCAACUAAAUCAAAUUGUUCUGCACGGCGUGCUAGAAGUCCACCCAGAAGAUCUCCGGUUGGUCGUCACUCUAUCCAUUCACCUAUUAGGAGGCCUAUACAUUCACAAUCAAGAUCCAUCUCUUCUAGGCGGUCUACCAGAAACAGCGUGUCUACCUUUGAGCUAGGGGUAAGGAAAUCACAAUCGGGACUGAAAUGAGUGGUGCUUCCUCAUCCGGUGGUAUAAGAGCUGCUUUAUCCUAUUGUGUACAGCAAGUACGACGGUAUGAUUACCAUCACUACCUCUGCCUUCUUGAACUUCCAGCAAACAUGCGGAAGGCUGCAUUUGCACUCCGAGCUUUCAAUGUUGAGACAUCCCGAGCUAUGGAUGUUGCAUCUGAUCCCAAGAUUGGGCUUAUGCGCUUGCUGUGGUGGCAAGAAGCUUUGGACAAGAUCUAUUCAGACAAAGUAAUUGAGCAUCCAGUAGCUCAGGCCCUCACUUCUGUGGUAUCUGAGCACAAGGUUAGCAAAAGUUGGCUGAAACGAGCUGUGGAAGCUCGAAUAAAUGAUGCAAAUAAAGAAAAUAAUGAUAUUCCACAAACUGUCGAAGAACUGGAGCGGUAUGCUGAGGACACGACAUCAACUCUUCUGUACUCUACACUUCAAGCAGGUGGUAUUAAAUCCACAGCGGCAGAUCAUGCUGCUUCACAUAUUGGCAAGGCAAGUGGCCUCCUUUUGUUGCUUAAGUCACUGCCAUACCAUGCUAGUCGAAAUCAUCAGUUUUCAUAUAUACCAGCCAAGGUGGCCGAGAAACACGGAUUGUUGGUUCACCAAAGUGGUCAGUCAGAGAUCAAAAAGGACUCGCGUGAGGCCCUUUGUGAUGCAGUGUUUGAAAUGGCAUCUGUAGCUAAUGCACAUCUGCAGAAGGCUCGAGAAUUGGCUGGAAGUGUGCCAGCUGAAGCUCGUCCUGUGCUUUUGCCUGCCGUGCCUGUCCAGGUCAUUUUAGAUACUUUGGCUCGGGUGCAGUUUGAUGUGUAUGAUCCACGGCUAGCACGUGGAAUACUGGGCGCUCCCCCUUUGGUGUUUCAGUUGAAACUGAAAUGGUAUUCAUGGAGGGGCAAAUAUUGACAAUACCCCUUAUGGCUCUGUCGCCUCUUUUAGAGUAGACCGGGAAUUCUAAUAGCAUAAUACAUAAACUGACACUCAAACUUGACCUCGUGUGACAAGUAAGUGCACCAACUUUGAGAUGAGAGCGCUCAUCUAGACAUGUCAACUUGGUCUCAACCGACACCUAGACACGUAUGAAUGUUCAUCCCUUUAUUGAGUGUAUGCCUUUUAAGCAACUAGACAUCGAUGAUUCUUUGGUUGGUACUGCUGGUGUUUCAUCCAUACACAGAAAGAAGAGAACAUAAACGUUAACGUCUUUUGGAAAAUUUUCAGCAAAUGCUGUCUGGUUUCGACUUAUGUUUCA